ACUGCUGAUAACACAGAGGACUCCACUUCGUGUUUUCCUGUGAACACUGACUGUCAACACGCCAUCAGACCACUACGCAGCACAGCCUGAGCACAGCCUGAGCACAGCCAACAUCACCCAGGCCCCUGACAACCGGACAUAAGUGGAGAUAACCGACCAACCUUAUCCACCCACCAGCCAACUAGCGAGCCUGGCCUUUGUGUACCUGUUUCUCAGGUAAGAGGUGAGCAGGGGGCAGGGCCACCUGCGCGGUAGGAGGGAUGCCUGUGGAGGGCGGAAGCAGCAGUGGCUCUGCUUCAGCUGCCCGUCACCCCAAGCAGAAGCGCAAGGCUCACAGCUUGUCUAUCCGGCGCACCAACAGCACAGAGGAGAGGCCAGCAGGCAUCCAAAGAGGAGACAUGCUGGAGGGACAGGACUCCAAGCUGCCCCUCUCCUUACGGACCAAUCUUCUUGACCUUUUUGGCCAGAUUGAGCGCGAGUUUGAAAAUCUUUACAUCGAAAACCUUGAACUACGGCGGGAAAUUGACUCUCUGAAUGAGCGUCUGACUGGAGAUGGACAGACUGUUGAGGGAGGAGACCCCACCAAAGGAGCUCUGAAAACAAAAGCCAGCCACAGCACCAGUCAACUGUCACAGAAGCUGAAGACGACCUACAAAGCCUCUACCAGCAAGAUUGUGUCCAGCUUUAAAGCCACCACAGGGUCCCGGGCUUUGUGCCAGCUGCUCAAGGAGUACAUGGGCCAUCGGGACGGGAUCUGGGACCUCAGCGUCACCCGAACUCAGCCAGUGGUCCUGGGCACCGCCUCUGCAGAUCACUCAGCUCUGCUGUGGAGUAUAGAGACUGGGAAGUGUCUGCUGAGGUAUGCCGGCCAUGCAGGAUCAGUCAACUCCAUAAAGUUCCACCCCACAGAGCAGAUGGCCCUCACAGCCUCUGGGGACCAGACGGCUCACAUCUGGCGCUACAUGGUGCAGCUUCCUGCCCCGCAGCCACCACCAGAUGUCAGUGCUCCAUGUGAUGACGACCAGGACUCAUCAGACAGAGAAGAAGGUGAAGUGGAUGGCGAGGGCCCUUGUGAGGUCCCCACUGUCCGGGUCCCUACAGCAACCCUGAAGAGCCACCAGGGUGUUGUGAUCGCAGCUGAUUGGUUGGUGGGAGGUCGACAAGUGGUGACAGCUUCCUGGGAUCGUGCUGCCAACCUGUAUGAGGUGGAGACGUCUGAACUGGUUCACGCACUCACUGGACAUGACCAGGAGCUGACCCACUGCUGUACUCACCCCACCCAGCGGCUGGUGGUCACCUCAUCCAGAGACACCACCUUCAGACUGUGGGACUUCAGAGACCCGUCCAUCCACUCUGUCAACGUCUUCCAGGGACACACUGACACUGUGACGUCAGCAGUGUUCACGGUGGGCGACAAUGUGGUUUCAGGGAGUGACGACCGCACUGUAAAGGUGUGGGAUUUGAAGAACAUGAGGUCGCCUAUAGCAACCAUCCGCACUGACUCAGCUGUGAAUAGGAUAAGCGUCUCUGCCAACCAGAGGAUCAUCGCUCUGCCACACGACAAUCGACAAGUCCGACUGUUUGACAUGAGCGGAGUGAGGCUGGCCAGACUUCCACGCAGCAACAGAAUGGGUCACAGGCGAAUGGUGUGUUGUACAGCCUGGAAUGAAGAGAACCAGCCGUGCAACCUGUUCACCUGUGGCUUCGACCGACAGGCCAUCGGCUGGAACAUCAACAUCCCUGCGCUGCUGCAGGAGAAGUGAUGCCACUGACACACACACACACACAACAGAAACACAGCAAAAUAGGAGACGGUACACAAAAACACUGUAAUCUGUGGCCUCGCUCGUGCUUGUACGUUCAAAGUGUCUAUCUAGUGAAGCAUUUUAGUUUUCGUGAAAAUAUUACUGUUACGUUUUAGGACGCAGAUAUUAACACUUGAUAGGAGUGUAUUCCCCUGAUGAAUUACACUAAUUUACUGUGUACACCUGCAGAUGAAACCUCCUGGUGUCAAAUGACUGACAUGGUUACCACAUUUUAAAGUCCAGGUGCGUGCGAGGCCGCAGAGCUGAUCUCCUGUGUUUGACCCUCUCCCUUAUUUAGCAUGCAUUGUGAAGUUGUGACACGGCUAGGCUGAUUCUUUUGCUCCUAGCCUUUUCUGUUUUAAAGUAUAAAAGUAUAUAUAUUUGACUCCACAGUCAUAGGCUGCUGUUCACAUCACUGUUGUUUAGUUACUGCUGAAUGGUUGCUCUUGCAUGUAGAUAAUCUCAGUUUGCAAAUGUUACUUGUAAAGAAAUGAGAGAACGACUAUAAGGCCAGGAGAGUUUGUAGAAUAUGAUAUAAAGAAGUUAUGUAUAUAUUAUGUCGUGGCCUGAUUAAGUGACCUGUGUUGCAGGUUGUUGCUGUUUCAUGGAUUAAGUGUCUUACAGAAAUCUACCUGUUACGGGUGGAGUUUGGCAGAGACAGCGUGGUUCUGUGAAAUGUUUUUAUCCUUUUAGUCAGACUUGAAAUAUUUCUCAUCAUGAAACAAAACAAAUAAUAUUCAGGCCUGACAGGUGACCUUCGCAGCACUCAGGCUGCGGGGUCAUUCAGUUGUCUUAAAAUGUUUCAGGAUCUGCUGUUCUGUCCGAAAGUUUUCACCAAUUAAGAUUCGACUCUUUGCCUAUUACCUUUGAUGCUUUCAAUUCACAGCCAGCCUCUGUAUUUCCAGAUUUUGUUGUCAAUAUUUCAAUUGAUACUGUAACUGCCUUGUUCCAUGUUUACAGUAGGAUUUCAUUUUUUAACGUUUUGCUCCGUUCUGCCUCUCUGUCAGACUGCAAAGUGUCAAGAGCAUAGCAAUAAUGGGAAAACGACUGCACUUCUGUUGUUUGCAAAUCUUUUGUAGGUCUGUGAUCGGGAUGUGUUCGACAUUAUCAUAACCUAGUAUUUUCUGUAUGUUGCAGGUUUAGGUGUCAGUACUCUUAGCCAUAAUAUGCACCCAUGAUUCCUCAGUGUCGGUGAAAUACAGACCCAAUCCUCUUCAGCCUGUUGCCAACUCAGAUCCCUGUUGCUGUAAUGUGUCAUCCCCAAGUGAACUUGUCAGUUACUGGUCAUUUCUGUGCUUCAGUAACAGCCUGUCAAUAUGAAGUUAUAGUGUUUACACUUUGCAUUGAACCCUUAGCCUUGUAUGACCUCUUGGACCUUUUGUUGUGGAUGGCGCUGUCAAGUCUGUGAGAAGCACUCUUUAUCCAAAUUCAGAAGCAAUAACCCAGCUCCUUUGUGUUUCUGGUGCUCAGAGUGAAGCCCAUUUGUCUUAUGGAUAUCAGCGACUUUAAACACACACUGAAUCUCAUUUUGAGAACUAGAAGAACUAGAUGAGUUGGGCUUGACCGGAAUCCAGGAAACUCUUUAUUUGUUACACUUGUGCAAUAUACGAAACAUGAAGUCAUGCUGUAGUUUCAGAUCUUCUUGUUUAACUUAUUUCAGUGCUGUAAACCCAAUACAAAGAUUUUGUGUACUUGUGUGACUGGUGUAGAUGUAGCUCAGUGUACAUAGGUAUGCAUAACUUACCCCAAAGUUGGCGUCAGACUUCACACUUUACCGCUGUUGCUACCAACAAUAGAGUCAGGAUGGAUUUUGAAGUGGCAUGAACCUAAAAAUGUAAUAAGCGUAUUGAAAUGCCUUACCAUUGCAUUGAAAAUGGUGUAUUAGCCUUAUCCAUCUGAGCAUCAAUGCACUUUUCCAAAUGCUAGUUAAAUAACUAAUUGUGUUCCACUGCUCAGUGCAGAUAGGAUUUUUAUCCCUGUUUCAUUCAAGGAACUCAAUCUCGCGCCCACUGAUAUCAAUGUCAUUUUAAUCUGCAGGCAAGUCUGAUUUGUGCCCCACAUAUGAAUUCCAGCUCAGAGGAAAUAUGAUUCUGGAUUGAUACAUUAAAUUAUUGUGUGCCAGAUUGAAGGGGGGUAAAAAAAAGUGGAUAGGCUUCGCUUCAUUGUAGCGAAUCAUAUUCUACUCAAACUUCAUUAUGUGAUCUACUUUGCAUACUUUAUUGUGACGGGUACGUGCUCUCUGACACUUUCCAAUAAA